AUGGGCAACUAUACUAGUGCUGUAGCCUCCGAUGGCGAAACCGAUGAGAUGAAGCAGUAUCUUAGUGAACUACCAUCCAAGAACCUAGAGCCUCUAUGGUCUCAGAUGAGCAUGAUGGUGCCGCCAUCGCCAAACCCCACAGCAAAACCUUAUAUGUGGACUUACAGGGAAGCUUUGCCUCAUCUGGAGACAGCCGCCAAGUUGGUUCCCGAAGAAAAGGCUGAACGAAGAGUCUUGAUGCUAGUGAACCCUAGUAUGCAAUCCCCUUAUACUACAGACACUAUCUAUGGUGGCCUACAAAUCGUCAAUCCCGGUGAGACGGCACCAGCGCAUAGACAUCUUGCCUUUGCGGCCCGCUUCAUCAUUGAUGGAGAGGGUUUCACAGCGGUUGAGGGCAAGAAGAUGCCACUUGUUCGUGGUGAUGUCGUUAUUACGCCCAUUUGGCAUUGGCACGAUCAUGGCAAUGAGAGCGAUAAGCCAGUUGUUUGGCUAGAUAUGCUUAACUUGCCCUUAUUCCGCUUCGCACCAGUUCACUUUGCACAAGGUUACUCUGACCCGAGAUAUCCAAGCGAGCAUUGUGACCCAUGCGAGUUCCGCUUUCCCUGGGGCCCAGUUGAGAAGGAGCUCAACGCCAGCAGAGACGACUACUCAGUUUAUCACUAUAAGCUAUCCAACGGAAAGCCUUUAUCGACAUUUCUCGGUGUUCAAGCAGAGAGACUAAGUCCCGGCGCAGCAUUUGAAUCGCAAGAGAGCCAGUCUUAUCUCUACCACUGUUACGAGGGUAAGGGCCGAACAGAGCUCGUGACACCGACAGGGGAGAGAAUGACUUUUCAGUGGGAAGCCCGCGACACUUUCGCUGUGCCCUCAUGGUGCAAGGUGAAACAUGUCAAUGAGUCUACGACUGAGCAGGCAUAUUUGAUCGGGUGUCACGAUGGGCCGUUCCUUGAGUGUCUUGGUAUUCAGCGAAGGAAGGGAUAA